UCAGUAAAUAAAACUUGAGGAGAAAGUGAGGUGAGAAAUGAUCUUCACGCUUUCCUGCAGUAACACCCAUUGUUUACAUUAAGAAACAGUUGUAGUUCUUACGCCGCUUUUGAAAAUUGAAGAGUCUCGAAACCCAAGUCGAAUUAUGAAUAAAUCCUCUGUUACUUUUCAUUUAUUGUUCAUUACUUUGCUCGGGAUUUUGCAGAAAUGCUACGAAACAGUGUAUUCUGCAAUACAUUUCUUAUUAGCUAUAGUCUACUGGGGAAGAGGGAAACAGGUUCCGCCGAUUGAAAAUGAGCUCCUCUUGAAAUCUGCCACAAAACUAGCUCAAGAAAUAAGAGAAGGGAAGCUAAAAAGCGAAGAUGUGAUGAAGGCUUAUAUCGCCAGAAUUGUGGAAGUGGAUCCUAUAAUUAAUGCUACUGUCGAAAGGAGAUUUGUCGACGCUCUACAAGAAGCGAGGGAGGCUGAUGCUCUGAUUGCUUCAGGUGUAUACACAGAACAACAGCUCGCCGAAGAAAAGCCACUCCUAGGAGUUCCCCUCAGCGUUAAAGUGCUCCUCACUGUGAAAGGGUUUCGAAGCACUGCAGCAUCUCUGCUUUUCAAAGAUGUCAAAGCUGCAGAAGACGCUCCUACAGUGGCCAUCAUGAAGAAUGCUGGCGCUAUCGUCUUGGCAACGACCAACAGUGCUGAAAUGGGCAUGAACUUCGAAACUAAUAACAAAGCUCAUGGUAAGACUAGUCAUCCUUAUGACACCAGCAGAACCAGUGGUGGAAGCAGCGGAGGAGAAAGUGCCCUCAUCUGCGCUGGAGGUUCCGUCAUUGGUUUGGGCAAUGAUAUGCUGGGUAGUAUUAGGGUCCCUUGCCAUUUUACUGGGCUCUUUGGGCAUAAACCAACCAGAGGUUUGGUGUCAGCAGAUGGAUGUUUUCCUGUUCCUGAUCCAAAGAUCCACAAUUUUAUAUACACGGGUCCGAUGUGCAGAUAUGCGGAAGAUCUGGUGACGACGAUGUCAGUUCUUACCUCCCAGAAUGAGAAACCUGUCAAAUUUGGAAAGCAGGUAAAUUUUUCGAAAUUGAAAUUAUUCUACCUGCUGUCAGAAGAUGUUCCUCUUUCUUUCCGUCCUACAGAAGAAUAUCAGGAAGCUAUAAAAAAGGUCAUUUCUUAUUUUCAAACAACUUAUGGGGUGAAUGCUAAAGAAGUAAAACUCCCUUUGCUAAGAAGUACAAACAUGAUUGCACUGCAUUCUCUGCUGUCUGGUGUGGAUGAUGUCGCAAAAGUACUUACAGCUGGUAAAAAAGAUAUCAACAAGUUCACUGAACUUCUUAAGUUCUUCGUCGGCAAUUCCACAUUGACGCUUGGACCUGUUGUAGCCAUGAGUUUGGGAAAAUUUCCCCUCUGGUACAGGGAGAGUAAAGUACCAUACUACAAAAAACUUGCUCAAGAACUAGAUGAACAAUUUGACAAAUUACUAGAUGAACAAUCCGUUUUGAUAAUGCCUACUUUUCCUUUCUCUGCACCUUACCACCAUGAAAUACCUGUUUUACUUCCCAGCACAUGGUAUACGUCUGUCUUCAACGUAUUGGGACUGCCGUCUACUCAGUGUCCUUUAGGUCUCAACAAACAUGGUUUGCCUCUUGGAAUUCAAAUUGUCAGUCGCAGAAACAACGAUCCUUUAACAAUUGCUUGUGCAGUAGAGUUAGAGAAAGUGUAUGGUGGCUGGUUACCACCGGGAAGCAAACCUUAACUUAGAACUAAAUGUUAGUGAGUAUAUUUGGAGACAAGCCAAAAGAAAUAUAAAUUGCAAAUCAAGAUUGCUUUAAAUAUGCUUCUGAUACUAUUUGUGUUAUUACGAACGUACUCUCCCUAAAACAAAUGAACUUUUGCCUUUAGGCAUUAAGUUAUAGAUUGCUAUGUUAAUUAAUUUUUUAUUCUUUUUGUAUUCAAAACGUUUUAUUUCUAGUUACGGCCAACGAAUUCUUAGCUAGCCUAAAAAUGAUCACAAUCUAAAAUAUCUGAACUAAAAAAGAACCCUAACCAAGCAUAAAUUUAUGCUUUAAUUAAAUGGAUAAAAAGAAAUAAGAGACUAUAGAAAUUCACUUCCACUUUCGUGUAUACAAAGACUGCAUGGAUAUAAAUAAGCAAUUUUAGGUAUUGUCCCAACUGGCGAUCUACCGAAUUUGGUUAGUUAGUUAAUCAUUUUUGCACUAGAUGGCGCCAUCACCUUUUUCAGACAAUAUAACUACAAAAUCGAGUGUAUUUUAUCUUACACAUUGUCUGUUUCUCUCACUAUAUACGCGAAAUUCUUGUUAUAAUCUAAAUCCAUAACAUUAAAGUCUCAAUUUCAGUUACUGAAUUCAUUGAAAUUUUUAAACCAGCUAAUCUAAAAAAAAAAAAAAAAAAAAAAAAAAAAUUCACCCUUUUAUUCGAACACUAAAGGUUUCUUAUACGCAGUAUAAAACACAGCAAAAGAAAUAAAUAUUUCGCGAAACAUAAAAAAAUUAUAAUUAUUGAAUCAUAAUAAAUCUGAUCGUGCAAAUGUCAAUAAAAUGGCAGAAGAAAAAAGAAAUGUGUAAAAACAGCAAUUUUAGUGGCGCCACCUGUCGAUUCUUAAAGUAACUACACAGUUAAAUAAAGUAGAUCGCCUAUUGGGAGAAUACCCCAACUUUUUAUACAUAUUUAAUGAUAUAAUGAUACGGACGUUUUUACUACUGAAUAUCAGGAGGCAGUGCUCUGUCAAAUGAAGAACUGUGUACAAGUCUGCCUCAGAUAUCGAACUCUUAUGCAUAUUUUAUAUUAAAAAAAGUUUUCUAGAAAAA